CGGGGAUCAGCGGGGCUCCUUGCAGCGAGUACCGGGGAGCAGUACCGGGGAUCAGUACCGGGGAUCAGCGGGAUGUUCGGCUGUCUGGUCGCCGGUAGGUUGGUGCAGACCGACCCGGUUCAAGUCUCCUCGGAUAAGUUCGUGUUCAACUUACCGGACUAUGAGUCGGUGAAGCACGUGGUGGUGUUCAUGCUGGGCACGGUGCCGUUCCCCGCAGACAUGGGAGGCGCGGUCUACUUCUCCUUCCCGGACCCGGUAACCGGAGGCCCGGUGUGGCAGCUGCUGGGUUUCAUCACUAACGACAAACCGAGCGCCAUCUUCAAGAUCUCCGGUCUGCAGGCUGGAGAAGGAGGCGCGCACCCGUUCGGCUCGUCCUCGUCCUCCGGUGCUCAGGUCGGUGUGUCGGUGGAGCCUCUGCAGCAGCUCGUGCAGCAGAUCCCGGUGUCCGGCGCGUGCGUGUCCACCGUGGACUCGUUCCUGCAGUUCACGCAGAAGAUGCUGGACUCGCUCUUUAACUACGCGGCUUCCUUCGCGGUGAACCAGAACCAGAUGAGUCCGAACCGAACCGAGACCUUCAUCCCCUCAUCAUGCGUCCUCCGGUGGUACGAGAACUUCCAGAGGAGGAUGGCACAGAACCCGAACUACUGGAAGAACUAGGGAGGAAGAGGAG